AUGACUGGAUCUCCUGGAAAUACUGGUAGGCCUGGGGAUCAAGGUGCAACUGGCGCAACUGGAUCAGGUGGACCUAGUGGUUCUCCCGGUUUUCCGGGCUCGGCUGGAGACACUGGCUUCACUGGAUUUACCGGAUCUACCGGGCCAAAAGGUCCACUCGGUUCUGCAGGCGCUGAUGGUCUACCUGGUUUUGCUGGAACAGUUGGAAAUACUGGUUCUUCUGGAUUGAAAGGAUUUCCUGGAUCACCAGGCCAACCUGGACCCCAAGGAAUGGAUGGAACACCAGGUGUUCCUGGGUCUCCAGGUGGACCGGGAAUGAAAGGAUAUACUGGCUCAACUGGUCCAUCUGGUCCCGACGGUGAGAAAUUAUUUUGUUUAUUAUUGCACCGUUAUAUCUUGCUUAGAACAACAAUAAAACGCUAUACACAUGUUCUAAAUCCACACGCCACCCAUCAAUUAACUUCUUAA